AUGUGGAUUCAAAUACCAUUUUACAACUUACUACUUUUGAGUUUGGUACUUUCCAAGUCCGAUGCUCAAGUGGAAACGGCAUUGAAAGGUCUUGUAUACUUUAUGAAAGCGUAUGAAUUCGUCUCUUCGAACUUGGGAGACAAAUCCGUAUCAAACGAAGAGCGCAAUUUUCAGUCAUUGAAGAAUGAUCUUCGUGAUAUAAAACUGGACUUUAAAAAUAUGGAACUCCAUCUCCCGACUGAGGUCAAUAUUCGUCAACGUUUACACGCAAUCAGGAUGAAAUUCAGUUACAUUGACAGACGUUACGACGAGUACGUCAAGUAUAAACGGAACCGGACUCGCUACGAAACCGACACUUUGGAUAAUUUUGCCGAGAAGACGGCAAACGACAUGCCCGAAAAACUACACGAAAUUUAUGACGAUGUGGUUGCUCUCCAUGAGAACAGCCUCGUCACCCUCAUGGAAAAAUACAUCGACAACUUAGACCCUUACUGCGGAAGGUUGCAAUCUCGUCAGAGAUAUUUUUAUGAUUUCUUUUGCACCGUCUUGUCGUACGAGAUAAAAGGAAUCGUGAGCUUGAAAUAUGCUCAUGAACUCAAGUACCAAAACACCACCCAUGAUACCCACGUGCAAGAACGGAAGGAUUGGAAGAAGCAAGCAACUGAAAUAAUUAAAGAAACAAUAGAAGCGUUUAAAGGCUUGAUGUCCCGGGCGGAACGGGACAUGUGGAAGUGUGAUCCAAAAACUCCUGUAGAAAACAAAACUUUCGUCGAGCUCAAACUUUUCCAAAGAGUGCUCUAUCAAGGGGCGGACUUUGCAACGCGUUACUGCCCAGCAACGCAAAAAGAUCAGAGUGUACAACCAAUAACGCAUAGUACGAGACAGCGCCAUUGUAACAAUCUUGUGUAUUGUAGGACACUUGAAAAUACCAAACCCAUCACUGCGUGUAUUUUGAAAGAUCAAAGUCAGCGUCGUAGAUACAGUGCCGCUACAAGUGAACCUCGGAAUUUCUGGGAAAUAUUACUUCGUAGACAUUCAAUCGAUUGCGAUGAAAACUCUGACAAAACCACAUUUGAAAGCGCUUACGUUGUGACCUCACACAGGUCCGCAUUUAGGGAAAGUGGAUGCGACUGCAUUUGUCAUGAGUUACAGGAUUCUGAUCGAUACAUCAGCUUGGAACCCGUCAUAUCGGACGUUGAAAGAAAUUUUAUAAUUACUGGGGUAAAACUUGUUCUAGUGAAUCACACGAUUCACAUUCAGAUUCAACAGGGAAAAUUAAAUCGGUACGGAUUGGUAGACAGAAAGUCUGUCGAAUGGAAGAAUAUUGAGCCAAUUAGUGGUACUGCUGAUUUGGCUCAAGAUGAAAAAGAGAAAUACAAGAUUCGCGACACAUUUGAGGGGAAACAAAUAUUUAAACUUGACUGGUACGACAAGCGUGGAUUAUAUCUCGAUGAUAUGGACUUUGAGGAAAACAAAGUCGUUGUUGGUCUAAGAUUUGGCUUAGUUCAGGAAAGCAAUAGUCCAGUUUACGUGAAGCUAGACACAAUGGCGAUGAGAUUCAACUUUGGCACUGGUCAAUUGAACCACGAAGAGUUCACCUGGUGGUCCUCGAAGCAAGAUACAUUUACCAGAACUCCACUGAGACUGUACGAGUUGUCGUCACCAACUUCAUUGGAAUAUGACGAGAACAAACCAGAUGGCGAAGCACAUCAGUCAACGGAGUUUGCCCCUUCGGCUUAUUCGUCCAAGGACGCGGGACAGUCCACUUUGCCUUUUAUAGACAUCCAGCCGGUUGUUUCGGAUCCACCUGUGCCCCUUUCGGGCGUCAGCAUGGACAUCAAGCAUACUGUUAAAAGUGGAGGAUAUCUAAUAUUAAAAACGAAAACGUACAAUGUGUUGGAGAAUUUGGAUAACACAACUGAAGAAUAA